ACAUCCAGGCCAUGCACCUCGCACGCGCCACCCUGCGUAGCAACACACUGCGUGGGCUGGGACGACUUAGCUCGACUUGGCAGCCGAAGCAUUUGGAGGGAGUGGCUGGGAAUGGAGAGGAUGGCAUGGAAGUGGCACUGGCUACUGAUGCUGGUCUCUCGGAUGGUCAUGUCGGGUGGAGCAAGGACGCGUACGAGGCGCCGGUCUUUGAUCUGGCUAAUGCCGCCAUCAAGGGCGUGGUCAAGCUGGAUCCUGUCCUCUUUGGCACUCCGCUGAGGAAGGAUCUCAUCCACAGAACCGUCCGCUGGCAGAUGGCAAAGCGCCGCUCCGGAGUGGCCAAGACAAAGUCGCGCGGUGAAGUCCGUGGCUCUAACCGCAAGGCCUUCAAGCAGAAGGGCUCGGGGAGGGCUCGCCGUGGUCCGGUCCGCAAGGCCCCGCACAUCCGUGGCGGUGGUGUGGCCUUUGGAAAGCAGAUUCGGUCCUUUGCCUUUGCGCUCAACAAAAAGGUCCGCGCUGCCGCGCUCCGCUCUGUUCUGGCCAACAAGUACGCUGCCGACGCGCUGUUUGUGGUCGACUCGCUCGACCUGCCGGCGGCCAAGACUCGCGAGGCCAAGGCCGCGCUCGCCAAGCUGGGCAUCUCGUCGGCGGUCGUCAUCGACCCUGCGUUCCAGGCCCGCUGGGAGGGCGAGAGCCUCAACCCGCUGACCCAGUUUGAGCUUGCCUCGCGCAACCUCCACACCGUCACCCUCCUCCCGCCGCUCGGCGCCAACGUGUACGAUCUGGUCAAGCACGACGCGCUCAUCAUCACGCCGGCCGGCCUAGUUGACCUCGAGGACCGCCUGCGGCCCGAGGAGCCGCUACGCGGCUACAAGUACGGCUACAUCCUCGACGACAUGGCCGCCGCCAGGCCCGCCGCCGACGCCGCCGGGUCCGCCGCCGUCCCGGACCUCGACGCCGAGCCGGUUGUCGACGCUGCCGCCGACGUCGACACCGACCUGCACGACCUGCAGGACGUUGCCGCCGAGGCCAAGGCCUCAUCGUCGAGCUCACAGUAAAACGCUCACAACUCGCC